AUGGAACAGUGUAAAAUCCCCACUGUCGCCGACCGCCGUGACGAAGAACUAGAUCGUAUCUCGGAGUUACCCGACGAGAUCCUCCACGACAUCCUGUCUCGUCUAAAAUCCCAAAAAUUCAUCGGUAAAGCCACCGUCCUCAGCAAAAGAUGGGCCAACCUCUGGUUCUCGUACCCAACAUUGGAAUUCAACGGAAACGAUUUCGGAACCACGAAAUCCCUAGAAGGUUUCGCCGCUGCAGCCGCCAAGAAGUUGUCUUCCUUACAACACCAGCUCGCCGCCGUCAGGAUUAACAGCAGCGGUUGGAUGGCAAACAACUCAGACUUCUACACUACCAUUCUCGACGAUCUGCUCGGAUCCGUCGCCAAGAAUCCGCCACAAAAGAUUGAUGUCACAGCAACAUAUUACAGCAUCCCACGCGAGUUUCUACUACCCGCCGGCGGCGGCGGCGGCCAAUUAUGCCGAAUCAAGCAUCUCAGCCUGGAGAAUUGCAGCUUUGACCGCUACGUCAACCUUUUCACAGACGACGACAGCAGGAGCAACCCUUUUGACUAUCUUCGCGGAUCCCUCAGGACGUUGAGACUCAAAGGCGUCAAAUUCCCCGACGGCGGGCGGAUUCUGAAUAGCAUGAUCGCCGGCGCCUCCCUCUUGGAGGAAUUGAAAGUGAUGUUUUUUCGAGGGGUUCAGAGGGUUCAGGUUCGGGACCUACCGAACCUGAAACGUUUGAAUCUCUACGCCAGUGACAAGGUGGAUUUCGACAUCGCUUGGCCCCACUCUCCAUCGGAGGAUGGCGCCAUAGCGAUUGUGUUGACACCAAAUCUGAAAAGUCUGGAUAUCACAUCUGCACGUGCUUGUAUAUCUACGAAUUGGGAUGUUGAAGAUUUGAUAUCGGAGUGCCCACUCAUGGAGUCGUCAAUAACAUCAGCAGCAAGUGACCCUACCUCUCUAGUUCAUCACCUGAAGAUCGUCAAUAACGAUAAGUUAAAAGAGGUUACAUUGAGUUCGUGGAACUGUUCGAUUGCUCUCCCUAACACGACUUUCCUUUGGGUCCACAUUCGUUUCUUCCCUACAGUCUUAAGUAAGGACGACAGAUCAUUUGCCUUGGUGACAACCCACGGCCCAGUCUCCCAACUCAAUCUUUAUGAUUUGGGGAAGGUUCUUGAGAAGCUAACACGAUUCUGGUUGACUAUAGAACUCAUAAAUGAAUUUCCAAAUUGUCGGGUGUGUGUUCUAUGCAGGAGGAAGAUGUGGAUCAAUUUCAAGAUGUUCAGUCUCCAAUUGUUGAACAUGUGA